GGACAGCACGUUUGAAGAUGGGAGACCAAAAGAAAUAUCCAGGUCAGAAAGCUGCACACCAUUCUGGCAGAAUCGGGUUGGAGAGGAAAGCUGUUCCCAUGAUUAGCGAGCUUCCCCAGCUAGCCUGUAGGUGGGUGUGUUUAACAGAAGGAAGCAGUGGGAACCGCCUGUCAGCCAGCCUUUAGAGCUAAUUAGCUCAGCAUACAACAAAGAUAAGUGAGCCUGGGAGGAGGGCCCCCUGAGGGGUCUUUAGAUUCUGGGAAAUGUCUGAUUGGCAGAUGUUAAAAGGGAUUCUUUGGUAAUCCUGUGCAUCAAUGAGCUGCACAAAUUCAGUCCAGGACUGCAAGAAUUCAGGCAUGAGGACACACUGUGCAGCAGGCACGCACAGGCAGACCCAAGAUGGACAGAACCUUGGAAUCCCUGAGACACAUCAUUGCCCAAGUCUUGCCUCACAGAGACCCGGCUCUAGUCUUCAAAGACUUGAAUGUUGUGUCAAUGUUACAGGAAUUUUGGGAAAGCAAGCAACAACAGAGGGCUGCGUUCCCAAGUGAAGGUGUGGUGGUCUAUGAGUCACUGCCCUCUCCUGGUCCUCCCUUUGUGAGUUAUGUGACCCUCCCAGGAGGAAGCUGUUUUGGCAACUUUCAGUGCUGCUUAAGCAGAGCCGAGGCCAGACGGGACGCAGCUAAAGUGGCCCUAAUCAACUCCCUUUUCAAUGAGCUGCCCUCUCGCAGGAUCACCAAGGAAUUCAUUGUGGAGAGUGUGCAGGAAGCGGUCGCCUCCACCAGCGGCACUUUGGAUGACGCGGACGACCCCAGCACCAGCAUCGGAGCCUAUCACUACAUGUUGGAGUCGAACAUGGGGAAGACCAUGCUGGAAUUUCAGGAGCUGAUGACCAUUUUCCAACUAUUGCACUGGAAUGGAAGCCUGAAAGCCCUUCGUGAAACAAAGUGUUCCCGACAGGAAGUCAUCUCCUACUAUUCCCAGUACUCCCUAGAUGAAAAGAUGCGCAGCCACAUGGCCCUGGACUGGAUCAUGAAGGAGCGGGAGUCGCCAGGAAUUCUCUCUCAAGAGCUACGAAUGGCCCUGAGGGAGUUGGAGGAAGCCAGGAAAGCAGGACAAGAACUACGGUUUUACAAAGAAAAGAAAGAAAUCCUGAGUUUAGCCCUGACUCAGAUCUACAGUGAUCCUGACACUUCCUCACCCAGUGAUGAUCAGCUGAGCCUCACCGCCCUCUGUGGCUAUCACUAGCAAGGCCUGGUCCCAGCUGCCCCUGAGGGUGGCAGAGGCCGGACUCUAACAUUAGGAAGCUCACUGAAGGAGGUUAUGGGAGGCUUUAGCACCUAUAGCUACUACCUGAAGGCUGUACUAAUCUUCCCACCCCUUCUAUUCACAGAAUCUGAGAGUAGUAGAACCUUACAGGAUCCAACAUCCCACUCGAUGCAAUUUUCCCAUCACACUCUCAAUAGUUUCACCUCAGACUGAAAGGAUGGAGAUAGAAUCAUUUGAAAAAUAUUUUCCAGGCCUGGCUCCAACCUAAAGACACAUGCCUUGCUAAAUUAUAUAUUUGUUUCAAAGAAUGGGCCAGUGUACCAUCUCCCAAAAGAACAUCAGCUAGGACUGCAGAAAAUAGCAUGAUGGUAAUUUUUAAAAAUACUUGAGAUUAAAUAAACAAUAUGGAUUUUUUAAAAAAAUAUCCAAGAGUCAAAGUUUCUUCCUAAACUUUGUACACUUAGAGAUAGUUUACACUCUACUAGGUAUAAUCCAAAACUACACUGGGAAUUUUAUCUGGACAUCCCACUAUCAAAGAUCUUAAAGUGUUAAUAGUAUGAAAACACUAGACAAAUUUAAUGUGGCUUAAAAUGCUAUUGUAAUAAUAAUUUUUUAAAAUCUACACUCUUCCGUAUGGGGAUAAAUGUCACCUAGAAUAGUACUCUCACUCAUAUUCCUCAAGAAGAACUAAUAUCCA